UGUUUUCAUUGAGUCAUACGUUUUGCCAUUACUUUGGGUUUCAAUUGAAUCACAAUUUAAUAAUCAUUUAAUUAUUAUUCAAAUCAUUUGAAUUGAUAGUUAUUUUUAUAGUCAUUAGUAUUAUUAGUGUAUCAAAUGGAUAAGCAUUUGAUGAAUGGUUUACAUGACAUGAAGAGUGAGAAGUCCAACGAUAACCACAUUUUAGACAAUUUCUCGCACGUUAUCAUUGAAUACCAUUUGAUGAGAGAAUUUAUAUUAUACCGCAACCAACACAUGUCUCACGUAUAUGUCGUUCCCUCCCAUUCCUCACCAUUUCUAUGGUUUGGAGUGAUGUUUGUCCACAAAGGUCUCUAUCGGGGGAUUGUGUUGCGGUUCACAGUAGUCAUCCCUAACACAUACCCUAACUGUGAAAUACCGAAGCUGAUCUUCGAUGCGAUCCCUUUCCAUCCACUCGUCAAUCCAAAUACGGGUGAACUCAACACAAGUGUGGCAUUCAAUGAGUGGAAGUCAUCGGUGAACAAGAUUUGGCAAAUCAUUGAUUACUCGCAGCGAGUCUUUCAA